AUGAACGUCGAAAACAUAUUCCCGAACAAUGACGUAAACGUGGAGGAAAUAGAAAAUCUCACGAACAGCGAAAUCAGAACGAGGAUCAGCUUGAUCGAGACGGAAAUAAAAAUAUUAAAAAAUGAGCACACGAGGCUGAAAAAUGAAUACAAGAAUCUGCAGGAGAAAAUAAAGGACAACGUGGAAAAGAUACAUCUAAAUAAGAUGCUCCCAUAUUUAGUUGCGAAUGUCGUAGAAUCGCUAGAUCUGGAGGACGACGAAGAAUCAAAUGAACCAAAAGAUGAAUACGAUCUGUACGUGAAUAAUUCAAAAGGAAACAACGAUGAAGGUUUUCGAGACAUAGAUGAUGAAAAGAGAGGAAAGUGUAUGGUUAUAAAAACGUCAACCAGACAAACAAUAUUUUUACCUGUCCCUGGUUUGAUAGAAGCAUCCGAAUUGAAACCAGGAGAUCUCGUGGGAGUAAACAAAGACAGUUACCUCAUCAUAGAUAAGUUACCCCCUGAGUAUGAUAAUCGCGUAAAAGCUAUGGAAGUUAUUGAAAAGCCUUCGGAAGAUUAUUCAGACAUUGGAGGUUUAGAUAAGCAGAUUGAAGAUCUGGUCGAAGCAAUUGUAUUACCUAUGUUACAUAAGGAGAAAUUUGAGAAAAUCGGGAUCAAACCUCCCAAAGGAGUUCUAAUGCAUGGUCCACCAGGUACAGGUAAAACACUACUAGCUAGAGCUUGUGCUUCACAAACCAAUGCAACUUUUUUAAAACUAGCCGGUCCACAGCUUGUGCAAAUGUUUAUUGGUGAUGGGGCAAAAAUGGUGAGAGAUGCAUUCAAUUUAGCCAAGGAGAAGGCACCAGCCAUUAUUUUUAUAGACGAGUUAGAUGCAAUAGGAACUAAAAGAUUCGAUAGCGAACUGUCUGGGGAUAGGGAAGUACAAAGAACCAUGUUAGAAUUACUAAAUCAGCUUGACGGGUUCAGUACUGAUGACACUGUUAAAGUUAUCGCUGCAACGAAUAGACCAGAUACACUGGAUCCAGCUCUACUUCGAUCGGGUAGAUUGGAUAGAAAAAUUGAACUACCUCAUCCUAAUGAAGAAUCGAGAGCCAGAAUUCUGCAAAUUCAUUCUCGAAAAAUGAACGUUCACAAGGAUGUGAAUUUUGAGGAAUUGGCUCGAUCCACUGAUGAUUUUAAUGGGGCCCAGCUCAAGGCUGUUUGCGUGGAGGCCGGGAUGAUUGCCCUUAGACGUGGCGCCACCGAAAUCGACCACGAGGACUUCGUCGAGGGGAUCACCUCCGUCCUGUCCAAGAAGAAAAGCACACUCAAUUAUUUUACCUAG